AUGGAUUAUCAGCAACGGUCGAAAAACUUCAGAACUCUUGUCAUGAAAUACUUUUUGACAUGUUCUUUGUUUCUUUUCAUAAUGCAAGGUAAAGUCAAAUGUUUUUUUUUUGUUUUUCUUUUCAUGAGUUAACCUUUAUACCGUAACCAUUGCAUGACAAGCUGUUUUCCAGUUGUCUAAGAUGGCAAAGAUCAAAGAUAGCUUGAGAAAUUUUUGUUUCGUAGACUUUCAAUUCGAUUUCUAAAUCUCGUUAGCCUUUGAAAAGGGUCUCAGGGUCUCUCAAUCCUGUCUAUGAUGCAUUUCAUUUCGGUAUCGAAGUCGCGUUAUUUUUCAAAGUUCUCGAAGUCGGAGAUUUCUUCUUCCAGUCAAUGGUUUAGAAUAAGGAAGCUAGAGAAGUGAGCGUACAUAAUCUGUAUCAAAUCGCUGUUGUUUGAAAUUACUUCUAUUUAUGUUUUAGUAGAAGGUGAUUUAGCGCAAAAAAAAAAACCCAAAAGAGCGUGCUGCAACUCUUACACAACAUUUGAUGGUUUUGAUGAUAAACUUGCAAAGCGAAGGUUUAUAAUGAAAAAGAGGCAUGUAGCUAAAAUCACUAUCUCGCACGAAUUUCAAACAGGGCUCUCGGCGCUACACAAGUCACGAAUUCCCCUUUGGUUCCAACGCAUUAUACCCGCAUGAUAUCAAAGUAUAGUGCGCUGCAUAGAGCCAAACACAACAGGUUUUUGUUCCCCGUGGCCUUUCUUUGCAUCUACCUUUCAAUGAGGAUAACUUUAGUAAAUUUAAAGGAGUGAAAUUUUAACUUUCAAUCCCCUCAAAAAAUUUCACCAGUGCAUGCAUUUAGGAUAUCAACAAUUCCCUUUUUGGUCCGUCUGAAUUUUUGGUCUCUUUUCACACAACAAGCUCGGCAAGCUAAAAACCUACGCCGAUUUUUCCGCCUACAGAUGCAUUUAUUCCUUUUAUUUUCAAUAUUCACGCCCCAACAAAGGUUCUCAAAGGAUUUGUUUUGCAUGUGAAAUACUAGCUGUGACAAGUGAUGUCAAUCUUCAACUUCAGAAUUGACGUAGUUAUAGGACGAGUUUCGUCACCUCAUUUUCUUUUUUUUUCUUUUCGUGCUUGAUUUUUAAGAGAAAAUCUUUCAGUUUUUGCACCCGCUAUUUCUUAUUCACUUGCCAAGAAAAGGAACUUUAAUUUGGCAGAUUUUCAGGUUGUAACAAAACAUUUUUAAAAGCUCUUAUAUUGCCCUAGUUUCGGUUCGUGCUCAAAACCAAAAAUAUUGAUAAUUCAAGCUGGAAGCAGAAUGGUGUUAAAAUACAGCUUAUGGCAACUCUAGCUGGGCUUAUCAACGACAAAACGAAUACAAGAGGCUUAAUUUUAUGGAGAGUGUAAACUCACUGAAAGCGAAAUGACGCACAUGCGACUUUAAACAUAAGCGGCUCCAAAAAAUGAUUAUGCAAUUAACAUUUCUGCUAUUAAUCGAAAAUAUAACCAUGGUUAAUUUUCCGAAUCUUUUUCCGAUUCAGGUCCUUUUUUUUAUACAGCUUAGCUGGUCUCAACUAAAGAUUUUUCAUUGAUUAAAACAUAUACCACUAAAGUUUAUUAUCCCAGUGCAAAUGUGCACAAAAAGACGUUUCAUAUGAAGGUCGCUAACAUGUUGUUUCUUUUGCUGAUAAUUAAUUUUUCUUUUUUAUAACAAAGUAUAAUGUUUAUACUAAACACCCGAGGAAAACCAGUUCCGUCAAGACAUAUUGACUAGAGAGAUAAGCAAAAAAAUCUGUGUCGGAGACAGUUUAGAUCAACAUUGUCAGUGACGGACAAGAACAGAACUUCGUGUUUUUUUCCUAUGUUUUUUUUUUUUAUAUAAGACCCUGGGGGAAAAGAUCAUUAACAUAAAACUCGCAGGUACCUCGUUUAAAAUAGAAAGCGGAUCAACUAAUCGAUUUAACAGAGUCUAACAAAAACCUGCUGAAAAAAAAAUCUGUCUGAUGAGCGGUUCCAAUUUUACAGAAACGUAGCAGAUUAUAAAUAAGUAACGAUUCACUCUGAUAUAAUCUGAACGAAAAAUCUUGACACGACAUCAGUUUGGAAACAUGAACAUUGUAGUACCAAAUACAGAAUUGGUUCCUAAUUCGUCUAUUCCUGCGUGGACAAUAGUUCAAAACAAGUAGGAUCAUUUAGGACAUGAAUGAAAAUUGAUACUGUCAAUCAUUAGUAUCAUCGUAAUUAGUGUUUCAUUCCGAGAAUUUGUAAAGGACCUUGUAAUCAUCUACAUUAUAAUGAGAUAUUCAAAUUGCUCUUUGUAGACCAUAGAUGAAUUGUAUGCCAGAAUUGUUGUUUUACCGCUGAUCGCAGUGAGUUACUGAUUAAGAUAACGUCGAAUUUGCUAUAUUUUUGCCCAACCGACCCAGUAGACCUGAUUAUACGAGUUUUCUUCUAGCAGAUGGGUCAUCCACAGCUGACAUGAAAUGCGAAAUUAAGUCCUCCUGUUCUGGAGGAUGUGAAUCUACGGAACCGAUGACGGUAGAUCCAGACUCCAAUGUAACCCUCAACUGCUCAAUCACAGAAAGACUGGAACUAGGCAUGACGUGGAAGCGUUUGGCAAACCGCACCAAUUCCUCAGAGUUGUAUCUCUAUCGCUGGAGUUCGAUAAAUGAUAAAAACUAUUCAUGUGUAUGUACCGCGAUACUUUUCACACGUAAGUCUUUGAUUGAUCAAAUCUGCCAGUCUUUCCCGUAUUAGGAGGGAAACACAACUUGGGCCCUGGAUAAGGGCAAUGAGGAAGAGGCAGGGGGUGGGGGAGGGGGAGUUCUAGGAAAGUUUGUUCGAUCUUUCCCGCUUAGUUCUUGUUUAAAUCACUUGUGACAAAAUUUGUUACUCUUUUUGAGACAAAAAAGAAGUGAAGGUUGUGGCACAUCGAGCCAUUCACAACAUACCAACUUGGUAUGUAAUAUAGUCUCAUCGGCCGGGUUAAGUUGGUCCUGAAAUAUGAGUGACUUUGAUCGAUAACCUGGAUUGAUCAUGACUUCCUUUCAGUUUGCGGAGAAGUUAGUCAAUUAAUCAGACGAUCACACAACGCAAUUGACCAGUAUCUCAGUCCCGUCUUCAAACAAUCAAUUCAAAUUGAUAUGAUAUCUGAAAAUGACUACUUCUUUCUUUCAGAUGCCCUUAAAAUUGUCGAUGGUUCAAGUUCGCCAAAUGAUAUUGUCGAAGGCAAAGAAACCAGUAUAGAAUGCGUUUUCUCUGGUUGGCCUCUUCCCACUAUUGUGCAUUGGUUCAAGGAAGAAAAACUGAUCACUAACGGAACGGACGGUAUUUAUCACUCAAUGGAGAAAGAGGGAAAUAAUCUCCGGAGCACUCUCUACUUUCCGAGUGGCCAAGAGGAUCAAGAAGGGUUUUACAAGUGCAAUGCAAACAACAGUAUCCCUGGAUGGUCGAGUUCGGCGGCUUACGGGAUAGAGAUGAUUUUAUGGUGUAAGAAAAAAACGAUCAGAAAAAUCAUGGCGCCUACAUUUUUCAGUUUGUUAUGCGUACUCCGUGCCAAGGGCAUCAGAACGAAACCAUAAUUUUAAAAAGAAACACAAGACUGCUCUACUGUUCGACACCUACACACAUUAGCGGGGAAGGGGGAAAUGAUUCAAAAACUGGAUCACGGCAACGUGGAAGAAAGCAUCAUCCAUGUCUAGUUCUUUGCCUAACGCCCCUCUGAGAGGACCGGUCCUAGAAUAGAUUGUCCAUUUCUUACGACUGGUUAUAUAUUUUCAUUUUUUUCUGUCUGUCUGUCAUUCUAUAUAUCUGUCCGUCUGUAUCACUGUCUAACUGUUUUUGUACACGUAUCUCUGUCUGAUUGUGGUUUGAGGUGGCCUCACUGAAAACCGCCUCAGCGAGUUGAGGUCCCUCUGUAUAUAUCAUUAUCAUUAUUAUCAUAUUGCAUGUCUGCAUUACGGUCUGCAUGUUUAUGUUUCUGUCUGUAUCACUGACUGACAGCCUAUCUGACUGUAUGUCUAUAUGAUAAUUCAUUUUUAUCAACUGAGUUGAUAAAGUAAAUUUGUCACCGUAAAGAGUUCGUAGGGCUGACGUUUCGAGUGUUAGGUCUUCGUUUUUUGUUCACUCUGACGAAGGGCUAACACUCGAAACUUUAGCUUGAGAAAUUCUUAAAGUUGGCCAAUUUCUAUCAUCAACUCAGUGAUAAGACCAAAUUGUUUUGUAUUACCCCCACCAACGCAGCACCUCAGUUUCUUUAGAAACAUACUUCACUUAUUCAUUUGUCUGUAUCACUGUCUAACAAUUUGUUUAUGUGUAUCUCUGUCUUAUUGUCUGCAUCACGGUAUGCGUGUGUUUGUGUCUGUCUAUAUCUCUGACUGACUGUCUAUAUGUCAUUAUCAUUAUGUGACUCUCUGUCUGUUGGUAUGUCUGCCUAUAUUACUCUUAGAAUGUGCGGGAAAAUCUCUGUCUGAGUCUUGACGAUAUGACGACUCAUUUAUAGAACUGGUUUUCUUUUGUAACAGGUCCCUCGGCACAAGGUCCAAUCAUAUUUCCCCUUGAGAUUCUUGCCAGCGCUUUUUCUAAUAUCAACCUGACAUGUCGGUUUGAUUUUGAUGGCAAUUGUCCUCAUAACGUACUAUGGCUCAAAGGAAAUACCACGGCAUAUUUGGAAAAUGCCAAAAAGUACAGUACAAAAGAAAGAAAAACGCAUACUAAGUGCAAGAAUGACUACGUCCUUUCUAUUUUCAACGUCACGAAGAACGAUGAAGGGAGAUACACUUGUCAUUGGGAAUGCGAUGAAGACAUCAAGACAGCUGUGAUUGACUUGAAAGUAUCUGCUGAUCUUCCUACAAUAGGUAAUAAUCCAUUGAUCUCCGUUAAGUUGAAUUGGCAAUUCCAAAUAGGGGUUAAACGCGGGCUUGAAAACUUUCGACUGAAUAUAAACUUGUUGCAUAACCCUCACGAUCAAUGGUGUCGAAAGAAUUUUCCACAAGGGAGGGGUAGGGGACUUCCACACCAGUGUUUGUAACCAGUUUGUUAAUACCUUACUUUUGGGUUAUGAGUAAUUUAAUGUGGACAUUUGAUUAAAAAAAAACUGUCAGUCUCUCAGAAGGGUUGCAAAGGGUAAGGCAUUCAUAAUAGUGAAAAAGCAAAACUGCCUUAGGUAGUUUUGGAUAGACGCACUAAGGUAAAAUUCGUACGAUAGAAGCGAGUGAAAAACUAGUCAUGUUGUUCCGAAUAAAACACUAUGACAAUUUCUUAAUUUUAUCCAAGGAAUUACCGAAAAAAAAGGAAAGAAACUUCUAUUGCAUUUUACUUGCUCGACAACAUACACCGCCUUUUUGAAUCUUGCAGAGCAAUCUAGCAGUUAAUCAGUGACUUACUGAGUGUCUUCCAUCUUCAUCCAUCUCUUAUCGAUCUCAGGUUCAAACUUUUGGGAGCUGAGUGAAAAAAUAAGCAAAAAAAUCAUUUCUAACUCAAAGACUGAUUCUUUUGCUUCAAUCAAUGCACAGCUGUUUGAGAGCCAUGCUUUGUUAUCGGGCUGGAGGCCAGGUUGCUAAAGUUUUUUCAAAAUUGCGGCCUCCAUGCCCAGUUGAGUUUUUAGCACCCUUACAGACGCCUUUUGUACAGACUGGUUAUUCUGUGGAAUCUAAAAAUGGCCGAAGUAGUAUUUUCAAUAAACAUUGUAUACAUUAAAUUUGGAGGCGACUGCGUAGAUCGGAUAACUGAGUAUCUUUAUUACAACUGUACAUGUCUAGGUAAAGAUGAUAAGCCUUUUUCUGGCUUUCUUUUUCAGAUACCGCAACUCAGUCAAACAUAAUUUUAGCUUCUCCUUCUCACGAGGGUAAGUAUCAACCAGGGUUUAACAGGGCCUUUACAAGCUCAACAUUAUUGAGGUGACUACGAAUUCAUGCACUUCAAUUUGAAUUUUUUUACUCUCUUAACCAAAGGAGGUCGACAAAAAUGGCUGCUGCCAAUCAUCAUUCUAUCAGCAGUUGGUGUCGCCGUCAUUUUCAUGUCAGUCCUGCGGUUUGGUUUCAAGAAAAAAAGGACAUCUUCUUAUAAGAUACAAAGACGUAAGUUAAAAUCAACAACAACCUUGACAGUAACAAUAACAGUGAAGUUUUUUAGAUUCAUUUUUAUCUGUUAGAGAUGAAGGUUACCUUUUUUCACGUUUAAAACGCCGUUUAUCUUAGCAAUUGAAGUGUAUUUCUGUGGACCACGGCUUCAUUCGAAAGCCUGCUUUCUGGUCAAUGUGCUAUCGUACUCUAACUACUGAUGUCCCUGCGAUCCUUUCUAUUCAUGAAAUUUACUUAACCUGUUUCAAGACGACACUAUCGAGAUUGCUCUGAAUAAAAAGGUGUCAAUGGAGUGAUGGCUUUUACGGCUAACGGUUAAAAUGUUGACAAUUUUACGUCUUACGAUUAAUUUUUUCCCGUUACGUUUAUCACUUAGCCAUAACAAGACCCUCUAAAAAUAUGUUAUGAGUCUCCUGUGAAAAUGAGUUUUUGUGUAGUGAAUCAUAAGAAAAUUAACUUCAAUGUCAGAUGAUUCGACCUUGGCCUUGAUUUAAGACAGAGGCUUAGGGCAUUUCAGAAAUGGCCUCUUCAGGUUUCACUGCACAUACAUCACUCACCCUUAACACAUGUUUCUGGAUGUUGUAUCAAAUAAAUACCGAUUGGAUAUCUAUUUUUCAAAUUCUUAGUAGAAGGCAUCAAAGAAGGAGACCUCAUAAAUCGACUGUUUAUCAGCUUCAGCUCAAAAGAUUUGGCCUGGGUCAAUGAGAACCUCAUUUCAAUUUUUGAGAAGCACUCCAUAGCUUACAGCAUUCACAGCCGGGACUUUGAGCUUGGGAGGCCAAUCGUCCAAAACAUGGCGGAUAAUGUGUAUGGCAGCCGUCAGGUUUUGAUCGUUUUAUCCCAGAAUUACCUCGCCAGUAAUUUCUGCCGGGAGGAGCUGCACAUGGCUGUCCAGAGGGGGAUAGACUCGGGAGACUCGUCACUAAUUCUUGUGAUGAUCAACAGCUUGAAGAAAAAGCAACUACCGGCUGCUCUGAGAAAUAAGAAAAUGUUGGACUUUGACAAACAUAAGAAGAAACAAGAUUGGGAGGAGAAAAUACUGAGCGAAAUAAUAGAAGGAAAAACUAUGAUUAUUUAG